CGCCGCCAGACCCGUCCCGCCAGACCCGUGGGAUAGCAGGGGUUUCCUACUAGUUAAGAAGUGAAAGGUUAACCCAAGAAGACGUUCGAAAGUGUAUCAAUCAAUGAAGCUAUCAUCAACACUGAAUUUGAACCCUCUCACUUUUCAAUCCAAAUUCAAAUUCACACUUUCCAUUCUCAACUCUUUUUCUUUCUCUUCUCUCUCCAACCACGAUACCACCCAAUGCAAUCGCAAUUUCAACAACAACGCCAUCGACAGAAUCCUUCUCCGCAUUCGCACUUUAUCCGAACUUUCCAAUCAUCAUCACGAUGAACCUACCCGAACCCUACCGCCACAUCAAUUUUUGCAGCGACAAUGGCUUCGCUCCGAUGACGCGAUUUUUCCAUCGGAGAACAACGAAGAAAGGGUAUUGAAGAAGAAAAAGAAGAAGAACGAAGUGAUGGCACAGUGUUUGGCGGAAGAAGAACUGAAUCGAUUGCGAACAAUCGGAAUGCAUCUGAAGGAGAAAAUUAGUAUCCCUAAAUCUGGUCUCACGCGUCCCGUCCUACACAAAAUUCAUCAUCAGUGGAACAAUAAUGAGUUGGUGAAGCUCAAGUUUCAUGAGUUUCUUUCUCAGAAUAUGAACCUUGCUCAUAACAUCGUUCAGCGUCGAACCGGAGGAAUAGUUAUAUGGAGGUCAGGAAGUGUUAUGUGGGUGUAUCGCGGAGACAACUAUCAAGGGCCAACAACCAAUACCAAACAUAAUUCAAAGAGUGAAUCGGUUGUGUGGAAUCAACAACAGCAUGAUAACAUGACGCCCGAGGAGAUGGAGUUUAACCGGAUGCUUGAUGGUUUGGGUCCUCGUUUUGUUGAUUGGUGGGGUACAGGAAUACUUCCUGUUGAUGCCGAUUUGCUUUCCCCUAUAGUUCCUGGUUACACAACACCUCUUAGGCUUCUUCCCACCAAAAUGCAUCCGCGACUCACCAACGACGAGCACGCAAAAAUGCUGAAACUUGCCAAAGCUCUUCCUUGUCAUUUUGCCUUGGGGAGAAAUAGAAAUCUUCAAGGUCUAGCAUGUGCUAUUCUUAAGCUUUGGGAGAAAAGUUUGGUUGCAAAGAUUGCUGUCAAGCUUGGUGUCCAGAAUACCAACAAUGAACUGAUGGCUCUGGAGUUGAAGAAAUUAACAGGAGGUACCUUGCUGCUAAGGAAUAAAUAUUACAUUGUAAUAUAUCGCGGGAAGGAUUUCGUUCCAGCUAAUGUGGCUGCCAUUUUAUCGGAAAGACAGCAAUUGAUGAAACAGGUGCAGGAUGUUCAGAAGAAGGUGCGAUGCAGAGCUAUUGAUGUAACUGGGGAAAAUGAAAUAAAUACCCAAGCAGGAUUGUCAUAUGAGUUCAAUGAGGCUCAAGCAUUCCGGGGAGGGGAAGUAUCACCUGUAGAAUGUGAGAAGAUGAUGAAAGAGGCUGCUGAAGCGAGUAAUGUUAGGCUUAUGAAAAAAAUGGAACGCAAACUAGUUGUUAUACAUGAAGAGGCCGAUGUCAAAAUAGAUGCAUCUCUGGUUCCAGCUAGUCCUGAUAAUAGGAGGGAAAAAAUCACAGAUGAAGAACGUGUUAUGUUCCGUGUGGUUGGUUUAAAAAUGAAGGUGUACUUACAACUUGGUACACGUGUUGUUUUUGAUGGUGUCAUUGAGAAUAUGCAUUUGCAUUGGAGGCAUCGAGAGCUUGUUAAAUUAAUAACAAGAGAAAAAAACCUUGCUUUUGUUGAAGAAAUAGCUGGUUUACUGGAAUACAAGAGUGGUGGUAUACUGGCAGCAAUAGACAGACUUCCCAAAGGAUUUUCUCUUAUUUACUAUCGUGGGAAAAGUUAUAGGCGGCCAAUUACUCUCCGACCUAGAAACCCUUUAAUGAAGGCAAAAGCAUUGCAGUGUUCAACAUCCAUGCAACGACACGAGAGUGAGGAUGAAGGCUUAUCAUCUAGGUGAUUUUGAUGAUAGUUGAAGAAAGUUAUUGGGAUGACUAAGAUUUCAAUCUCUUUGACCAGGAAAAUGGUGGGUUUCCCGGCAUUUUACAGUUCUUUCUUUCAAAACCUUAUAGGUUUUAUGCUACCUUUAUGCAAAUAUGUCAACCCGCCAUCACAGAAGAUGGUGGAUUUCUCCUUUGAAGGCGGGUUGAUAUAUAUCACUCAAACUGUAAAAUGGGGGGAAGGAAGUGGAAAGAGGGCGGAAGUAACUUGCCCUAAAAGUAUAUUCAACUCCUAGACCGUUAUAUGCCCAAACUAGCCCAAACUAGUCUUGACUAGGAGACAAUAUUUUCGAGACACCAAACUAGUCUCACAUUGUUUGAGAAAUGAGAUAAGAAUAAUUUAUAUAAAACACUCAUAUUUCUCAAUUCAACUAUGUGUUUUUCAUAAAUGACAAACUGUGACAUAUUCUCACAUUUAAAGCAGACAAUACCUCAUGAUCCUUGUAGUCAACGAAUUUGAGAAUAAUUGGAACAUACUCCAACCAACAACCUUUCCUCAAAUUGAAAUUGUAUGAUACAACUAUCUAUCAAAAAUAUAACCCCUGACCCCUCAUUUUUUUUAAAAUAAUAAUAUUUAGUCAUGCAUGCCUUACUAGCAAAACUAAUUAGGUAGAAAUAAAAAAAAUAGCAUUGUCUUUGUUUUAUUCACGUUUGAAUUUUUUGCAAGCAAAUUAUUGCUUCUAUUCUUAAAAGCCUGAAUGUAUUGAUUAACUUGUUGCUUUAGUAUGUGUUUGUUUCUACGAUAAAAAUAGUUAAUUUGGAGUAAAUUAGUGCUAUAAAACUGAUUUUAACUAAAAAAUGAGUUAAAGAUAAAAUAAUUUGGUUUAAUAAAUUCUUGCAAAAAAAAAUGAAUAAUAAAAUUUAAUAUAGAAGUAAAGUUUAGACUAAAAAAAGUAUAAAUUUUACCUUCAAUUAAAAUCAACCCUAAAAAUAAAAUCAACUCUAGUUAAAAGGAACCAACAUGUCAAAAUCAAUUAUAUACUUGUAGAAUCAAUUCUAAAUUGCUCCAACCAUAAAAAGAAUUGGAAUUGAUUCCAAAAAGUAGUAGUGAAUACUUUCUAUGAAUUUAAAUCCAAACCUUUCACUAAUUUUGUAUUACUUGCCAUGAAUAGAGAAGGAAAAAUUCUACCAACUUUUCUUCUUUAACGUCCUACCCUUCUUGUUUCUCUUACUUUUCUCCUUUGCUCAACAAAAAUAAAAUUCUAAAUUAUCAGCAUCCUAAAUCCUCUUGUUUUCCAUUUCUGCGUGUGUGGUGAAGUUUGAAGUUUGUUCGAUCGCACACUACACACACAUCAACAAUCUUGACUCAAGAUGAUGCGGGAAAAGCCGAAAAUCGAACUGCAAAAGUGUAACGUUGAGAAGAAUCAGAAAUCAAAAGGCUUUCAGAUUGAAGGUCUCAAAAUCACAUGCCCCAUCUACAAGUGUCAACAGAUUCAUGCAGAGUUGAUAAUGGUCAUUUAUAUUUGAACAGUAACCACUACUGUGAUUUUCUUGAUUAAGAAACUCGUCAACUAAUGCUGGAGAAAGUGAUGUGUUAGUAUAUAACUCACAUCUCCCAAACUUUGAAACCACUAACUUUCCCUAACUUUAGUCCAUUUUGAUAGAGAUAGAAGAGAAAAGGAGAGGGAAAUAUGAUGUAAGAGAGAUGAAUCUUAGAGAGAUAUGGAGACAAAGUUAGAGGGAAGUUCUCACCAAUAAGUUAGAGGAUCCAUACCCCUACUACUGUGUAUUCAUGUCUAAAAAUUUUCUAAAGACAAACUUUAGUAAAUGCUAUUAGAUGUUGUGAAGUUA